GCUGUCUACCUUUAACACUGACAUCUACGUCAUAUCGCUGUCUACCUUUAACAUUGACAUCUACGUCAUAUCGCUGUCUACCUUUAACACUGACAUCUACGUCAUAUCGCUGUCUACCUUUAACACUGACAUCUACGUCAUAUCGCUGUCUACCUUUAACACUGACAUCUACGUCAUAUCGCUGUCUACCUUUAACACUGACAUCUACGUCAUAUUGCUGUCUACCUUUAACACUGACAUCUACGUCAUAUCGCUGUCUACCUUUAACACUGACAUCUACGUCAUAUCGCUGUCUACCUUUAACACUGACAUCUACGUCAUAUCGCUGUCUACCUUUAACACUGACAUCUACGUCAUAUCGCUGAGUCUACCUUUAACAUUGACAUCUACGUCAUAUCGCUGUCUACCUUUAACACUGACAUCUACGUCAUAUCGCUGUCUACCUUUAACAUUGACAUCUACGUCAUAUCGCUGUCUACCUUUAACACUGACAUCUACGUCAUAUCGCUGUCUACCUUUAACACUGACAUCUACGUCAUAUCGCUGUCUACCUUUAACAUUGACAUCUACGUCAUAUCGCUGUCUACCUUUAACACUGACAUCUACGUCAUAUCGCUGUCUACCUUUAACACUGACAUCUACGUCAUAUCGCUGUCUACCUUUAACACUGACAUCUACGUCAUAUCGCUGUCUACCUUUAACACUGACAUCUACGUCAUAUCGCUGUCUACCUUUAACACUGACAUCUACGUCAUAUCGCUGUCUACCUUUAACACUGACAUCUACGUCAUAUCGCUGUCUACCUUUAACACUGACAUCUACGUCAUAUCGCUGAGUCUACCUUUAACAUUGACAUCUACGUCAUAUCGCUGUCUACCUUUAACACUGACAUCUACGUCAUAUCGCUGUCUACCUUUAACACUGACAUCUACGUCAUAUCGCUGUCUACCUUUAACACUGACAUCUACGUCAUAUCGCUGUCUACCUUUAACAUUGACAUCUACGUCAUAUCGCUGUCUACCUUUAACACUGACAUCUACGUCAUAUCGCUGUCUACCUUUAACAUUGACAUCUACGUCAUAUCGCUGUCUACCUUUAACACUGACAUCUACGUCAUAUCGCUGUCUACCUUUAACACUGACAUCUACGUCAUAUCGCUGUCUACCUUUAACACUGACAUCUACGUCAUAUCGCUGUCUACCUUUAACACUGACAUCUACGUCAUAUCGCUGUCUACCUUUAACAUUGACAUCUACGUCAUAUCGCUGUCUACCUUUAACACUGACAUCUACGUCAUAUCGCUGUCUACCUUUAACACUGACAUCUACGUCAUAUCGCUGUCUACCUUUAACACUGACAUCUACGUCAUAUCGCUGUCUACCUUUAACACUGACAUCUACGUCAUAUCGCUGUCUACCUUUAACACUGACAUCUACGUCAUAUCGCUGUCUACCUUUAACACUGACAUCUACGUCAUAUCGCUGUCUACCUUUAACACUGACAUCUACGUCAUAUCGCUGAGUCUACCUUUAACAUUGACAUCUACGUCAUAUCGCUGUCUACCUUUAACACUGACAUCUACGUCAUAUCGCUGUCUACCUUUAACACUGACAUCUACGUCAUAUCGCUGUCUACCUUUAACACUGACAUCUACGUCAUAUCGCUGUCUACCUUUAACAUUGACAUCUACGUCAUAUCGCUGUCUACCUUUAACACUGACAUCUACGUCAUAUCGCUGUCUACCUUUAACAUUGACAUCUACGUCAUAUCGCUGUCUACCUUUAACACUGACAUCUACGUCAUAUCGCUGUCUACCUUUAACACUGACAUCUACGUCAUAUCGCUGUCUACCUUUAACACUGACAUCUACGUCAUAUCGCUGUCUACCUUUAACACUGACAUCUACGUCAUAUCGCUGUCUACCUUUAACACUGACAUCUACGUCAUAUCGCUGUCUACCUUUAACACUGACAUCUACGUCAUAUCGCUGUCUACCUUUAACAUUGACAUCUACGUCAUAUCGCUGUCUACCUUUAACACUGACAUUUAAGUCAUUUAGCAGACACCCUCUGACAGGCUCCGAGACAGCUUCUACCCCCAAGCCAUAAGACUUAUAAAUAGCCAGACUGCUAAAUAGCCAGACUGCUAAAUAGCCAGACUGCUAAAUAGCCAGACUGCUAAAUAGCCAGAGUGAUAAAUAGCCAGAGUGAUAAAUAGCCAGACUGAUAAAUAGCCAGACUGCUAAAUAGCCAGACUGCUAAAUAGCCAGACUGCUAAAUAGCCAGAGUGAUAAAUAGCCAGACUGAUAAAUAGCCAGACUGCUAAAUAGCCAGACUGCUAAAUAGCCAGAGUGAUAAAUAGCCAGACUGAUAAAUAGCCAGACUGCUAAAUAGCCAAUUAAUGCUACCCGAACUAUCUGCACUGACUCUAUCUUCCACUGUCCCUACGCACACUCACGAGACUAUAUACGCUGAGUGUACAAAACAUUAAGAACACCCCCCCCCCACCCCCCUUUUGCCCUCACAACAGCCUCAAUUCGUCGGAGCAUGGACUCUACAAGGUGUCAAAAGCGUUUCACAGGGAUACUGGCACAUGUUGACUCCAAUGCUUCACACAGUUUUGUCAAGUUGGCUGGAUGUCCUUUGAGUGGUGGACCAUUGUUGAUAACGAAAGGAAACUGUUGAGGGUGAAAAUCCCAACAGCGUUGCAGUUCUUGACACAAACCAGUGUGUGCCUGGCAUCUACUACCAUAACCUGUUCAAAGGCACUGAAAUCCUUAGUCUUGCCCAUUCACCCUCUGAAUGGCACACAUACACAAUUCAUGUCUCAAUUGUCUCAAGGCUUAAAAAUCCUUCUUUAACCUGUCUCCUCCCCUUCAUCUACACUGAUUGAAAUGGAUUUAACAAGGGAUCAUAGCUUUCAUCUGGAUUCACCUGGUCAGUCUAUGUCAUGGAAAGAGCAGGUGUUCUUAAUGUUUUGUACACUCAGUGUAUACACACUCACUCCAACACAUUCACAUAAGCAAACACACAUCAAACACUUUUACACUCAUAAUUUGCUGCUGCUACUCUGUUCAUUAUUUUACUCUUAUUAUUAUCUAUCCUGAUGCCUAGUCACUUUACCCUGCCUUCAUGUACAUAUCUACCUCAAAUACCUUAUUAUUAUCUAUCCUGAUGCCUAGUCACUUUACCCUGCAUUCAUGUGCAAGUAUUCACACCCCUUUACUUUUUCCACAUUUUGUUGUCUUACACAGUUGUGUUAAAAUUGAUUUAAUUGAAAUUGUUUGUCAACGAUCUAGACAAAAUAAUCUGCAAUGUCAAAAUGGAAGAACAUUUCUAACAUUUCUAACAAAUAUAUGAAAAAUAAAACACUGAUUCAUCUUGAUUAGAUAAGUAUUCAACCCCCUGAGUCAAUUCAUGUUAGAUUUACCUCUGGCAGGGAUUACAGCUGUGAGUCUUGUGAGCUCCUAAGAGCUUUGCACACCUGGAUUGUGCAACAUUUGCACAUUAUUCUUUUUUUUUUAAUUCUUCAAGCUCUGUCAAAUUGGUUGUUGAUCAUUUCUAAACAGCCAUUUUCAAGUCUUGCCAUAGAUUUUCAAGCCGAUUUAAGUCAAAACUGUAACUAGGCCACUCAGGAACAUUCAAUGUUGUUUUUUUAGGUUAUUGUCUUGCUGAAAAGGGAAUUAGUCUCCCAGUGUCUGUUGGAAAGCAGACUGAACCAGGUUAGCUCUAUUCCGUUUCUAUUUAUCCUAAAAAAACUCCCUAGUCCUUGCCGAUGACAAGCAUACCCAUAACAUGAUGCAGCCACCACCAUGCUUGAAAAUAUGAACAGUGGUACUCAGUGAUGUGUUGUGUUGAAUUUGCCACAAAUAUAACGCUUUUGUAUUCAGGACAUGAAGGUAAUUUCUUUGGCAAUUGUUUUGCCUUUUUACUUUAGUGUCUUAUUGCAAAAAGGAUGCAUGUUUUGGAAUAUUUUUAGUCUGUACAGGCUUCCUUCUUUUCACUCUGUCAUUUAGGUUAGUAUUGUGGAGAAACUACAAUGUUGUUGAUCCAUCCUCAGUAUUCUCCUAUCACAGCAAUUAAACUCUGUAACUGUUUAAAAGUCACAGUUGGCCUCAUGGUGAAAUCCCUGAGCGGUUUCCUUCCUCUCUGGCAACUGAGUUAGGAAGGAUGCAUGGAUCUUUUUAGUGACUGGGUGUAUUGAUACACCAACCAAAGUAUAAUGAAUAACUUCACAAUGCUCAAAGGGAUAUUCAAUGUCUGCUUUUUCUUUAACCCGUCUAUCAAAUGGGUGCCCUUAUUUGCGAAGCAUUGGGAAACCUCCCUUGUCUUUGUGGUUGAAUCUGUGUUUGAAAUUCACUGCUCAACUGAGGGACCUUACAGAUAAAUGUAUAUGUGGGGUACAGAGAUGUGGUAGUCAUUCAAAAAUCAUGUUAAUUAACAUUUACAUUUACGUCAUUUAGCAGACGACUUACAAAUUGGUGCAUUCACCCUAUAGCCAGUGGGAUAACCACUUUACAAUAUAUAUAUAUUUUUAUUUUUAUUUAUUUUUAUUUUUUAGGGGGGGGGGGGGGGGGGGGGGGGGUAGAAGGAUUACUUCCAUGAAACUUAUUAUGUGACUUGUUAAGCAACUUUUUACUCCUGAACGUAUUUAUGCUUGCCUUAACAAAGGGGUUGAAUACUUACUGAAUCAAGACAUUUCAGCUUUUCAUUGUUUAUUUAUUAGUAAAAAUUUCUAAAAACAUAAUUCCACUUUGACAUUAUGGGAUAUUGUGUGUAGGCCAGUGACAUAAAAUCUCAAUUUAAUCCAUUUCAAAUUCAGGCUAUAACACAACAAAAUGUGGAAAAAGUAAAGUGGUAUGAAUUCUUUCUGACGGCAUUGCAUCUACAUCAAAUACCUCGUACCUCUGCACAUUGAUCUGGUACUGAUACUCCCUGUAUAUAGCUCCAUUCUUGUGUAUUUUAUUUUAUUCCUCUUGUGUUACUAUUUGUUUUAACUUUGCAUCGUUGGGAAGGGCUCGUAAGCAAGCAUUUCAUGGUAAAGUUGUACUCGUCGCAUGUGACAAAUACAAUUUUAUUUUAUUUGAUCUUAUCCAGAGCGACAUACAGGAGCAAUUAGGGUUAAGUGCCUUGCUCAAGGGCACAUAGGCAGAUUUGUCACCUAGUCAUCCAACGCUCUUAACCUACAUUAAAAAAAAAGGUAUCAUAUACAGUGAGGGAAAAAAGUAUUUGAUCCCCUGGUGAUUUCGUAUGUUUGCCCACUGACAAAGAAAUGAUCAGUCUAUAAUUUUAAUGGUAGGUUUAUUUGAGCAGUGAGAGACAGAAUAACAGCAAAAAAAUCCAGAAAAACACAUGUCAAAAUUGUUAUAAAUUGAUUUGCAUUUUAAUGAGGGAAAUAAGUAUUUGACCCCCUCUCAAUCAGAAUGAUUUCUGGGUCCCAGGUGUCUUUUAUACAGGUAACAGAGCUGUGAUUAGGAGCACACUCUUAAAGGGAGUGCUCCUAAUCUCAGCUUGUUACCUGUAUAAAAGACACCUGUCCAAUCAUAUUCCAAACUCUCCACCAUGGCCAAGACCAAAGAGCUCUCCAAGGAUGUCAGGGACAAGAUUGUAGACCUACACAAGGCUGGAAUGGGCUACAAGACCAUCGCCAAGCAGCUUGGUGAGAAGGUGACAACAGUUGGUGCGAUUAUUCGCAAAUGGAAGAAACACAAAAUAACUGUCAAUCUCCCUCGGCCUGGGGCUCCAUGCAAGAUCUCACCUCGUGGUGUGGUAAUGAUCAUGAGAACGGUGAGGAAUCAGCCUAGAACUACACGGGAGGAUCUUGUCAAUGAUCUCAAGGCAGCUGGGACCAUAGUCACCAAGAAAACAAUUGGUAACACACUACGCCGUGAAGGACUGAAAUCCUGCAGCGCCCGCAAGGUCCCCCUGCUCAAGAAAGCACAUAUACAGGCCCGUCUGAAGUUUGCCAAUGAACAUCUGAAUGAUUCAGAGGAGAACUGGGUGAAAGUGUUGUGGUCAAAUGAGAACAAAAUCGAGCUCUUUGGCAUCAACUCAACUUGCCGUGUUUGGAGGAGGAGGAAUGCUGCCUAUGACCCCAAGAACACCAUCCCCACCAUCAAACAUGGAGGUGGAAACAUUAUGCUUUGGGGGUGUUUUUCUGCUAAGGGGACAGGACAACUUCACCGCAUCAAAGGGAUGAUGGAUGGGGCCAUGUACCGUCAAAUCUUGGGUGAGAACCUCCUUCCCUCAGCCAGGGCAUUGAAAAUGGGUUGUGGAUGGGUAUUCCAGCAUGACAAUGACCCAAAACACACAGCCAAGGCAACAAAGGAGUGGCUCAAGAAGAAGCACAUUAAGGUCCUGGAAUGGCCUAGCCAGUCUCCAGACCUUAAUACCAUAGAAAAUCUGUGGAGGGAGCUGAAGGUUCGAGUUGCCAAACGUCAGCCUCAAAACCUUAAUGACUUGGAGAAGAUCUGCAAAGAGGAGUGGGACAAAAUCCCUCCUGAGAUGUGUGCAAACCUGGUGGCCAACUACAAGAAACGUCUGACCUCUGUGAUUGCCAACAAGGGUUUUGCCACCAAGUACUAAGUCAUGUUUUGCAGAGGGGUCAAAUACUUCUUUCUCUCAUUAAAAUGCAAAUCAAUUUAUAACAUUUUUGACAUGCGUUUUUCUGGAUUUUGUUGUUGUUAUUCUGUCUCUCACUGUUCAAAUAAACCUACAAAUAAAAUUAUAGACUGAACAUUUCUUUGUCAGUGGGCAAACGUACAAAAUCAGCAGGGGAUCAAAUGCUUUUUUCCCUCACUGUAUAGUAUUCAUUUUUUAUAUCUGUGUCCAUAUUGUCCAUGAGAUUGUAGUGGAAUUACCAUAUGGUUAAAGAGGAAAUAGCCUAAUUAACGAAAAAAGCAUCUAAUCAACAAUUGCAUCAUUUUCAGAUAACUCCGCAACUCUUCCACUAGUUUGACGCCAAAACAUUUACACCAAAGACAUAUUGACAUAGUAAAAUAAAUAAAGGAUAUUUCAUCCUGAAACAUUCAUAUUAAACACCAAUGGUAUUCACUAAGUUGAUGGUUUAUAUUUAGGAUCAUGUUUAACAGCUUGGUCAUUGUAUUUUUUAUUUUAAUACCAUCUUCUUUGAUUAUUUAAUACAUUACAUGUGAUAAGGUCACACAGAUGGCCAGAGAUAAUCUCAGACAUCUGUGAUCAUCUGAAGUACCCAAAAGUGCCACUAGAUGUCUUGUGAUACAUUACAUAAAAUCCUUGAAAGUAAAACAAUUAAAAUAAUAAUCUGGUAGUUUACUGGUAAACUUGCCUUUGCAAUCCUAGUCAGAACAAGUCCACUUCCUGUCUCUCUUCUACUGUCACGCCCUGACUCAGGGGACGCUUAAAUGUUGAGUCAGGGUGUGUAUAUUCUUUGUUGUGGGUUUUCUAUGUUUUGAUCUAUUGUGUAUAGUUCUAUGUUGGCCGGGUGUGGUUCCCAAUCAGAGGCAGCUGUCGCUCGUUGUCUCUGAUUGGGGACCAUACUUAGGCAGCCUAUUGGCACUAUUGAGUUGUGGGAUCUUGUUCCGGAUUAGGUUUGUUGUAUCUACCUUAGGACGUCACGGUUCGUUUCUUGUUUUGUCGUUGUGUUUAUUUAGUUGAAUAAACAUGUACAGUGGGGAAAACAAGUAUUUGAUACACUGCCGAUUUUUGGAUCCAGAAAAUCACAUUGUAUGAUCUUUAAGUAAUUAAUUUGCAUUUUAUUGCAUGACAUAAGUAUUUGAUACAUCAGAAAAGCAGAACUUAAUAUUUGUUACAGAAACCUUUGUUUGCAAUUACAGAGAUCAUACGUUUCCUGUAGGUCUUGACCAGGUUUGCACACACUCCAGCAGGGAUUUUGGCCCACUCCUCCAUACAGACCUUCUCCAGAUCCUUCAGGUUUCGGGGCUGUCGCUGGGCAAUAAGGACUUUCAGCUCCCUCUAAAGAUUUUCUAUUGGGUUCAGGUCUGGAGACUGGCUAGGCCACUCCAGGACCUUGAGAUGCUUCUUACGGAGCCACUCCUUAGUUGCCCUGGCUGUGUGUUUCGGGUCGUUGUCAUGCUGGAAGACCCAGCCACGACCCAUCUUCAAUGCUCUUACUGAGGGAAGGAGGUUGUUGGCCAAGAUCUCGCGAUACAUGGCCCCAUCCAUCCUCCCCUCAAUACGGUGCAGUCGUCCUGUCCCCUUUGCAGAAAAGCAUCCCCAAAUAAUUAUGUUUCCACCUCCAUGCUUCACGGUUGGGAUGGUGUUCUUGGGGUUGUACUCAUCCUUCUUCUUCCUCCAAACACGGCGAGUGGAGUUUAGACCAAAAAGCUCUAUUUUUGUCUCAUCAGACCACAUGACCUUCUCCCAUUCCUCCUCUGGAUCAUCCAGAUGGUCAUUGGCAAACUUCAGACGGGCCUGGACAUGCACUGGCUUGAGCAGGGGGACCUUGCGUGCGCUGCAGGAUUUUAAUCCAUGACGGCGUAGUGUGUUACUAAUGGUUUUCUUUGAGACUGUGGUCCCAGCUCUCUUCAGGUCAUUGACCAGGUCCUGCCGUGUAGUUCUGGGCUGAUCCCUCACCUUCCUCAUGAUCAUUGAUGCCCCACGAGGUGAGAUCUUGCAUGGAGCCCCAGACCGAGAGUGAUUGACCGGCAUCUUGAACUUCUUCCAUUUUCUAAUAAUUGCGCCAACAGUUGUUGCCUUCUCACCAAGCUCACCCAUCCCAGCCUUGUGCAGGUCUACAAUUGGAUCCCUGAUGUCCUUACACAGCUCUCUGGUCUUGGCCAUUGUGGAGAGGUUGGAGUCUGUUUGAUUGAGUGUGUGGACAGGUGUCUUUUAUACAGGUAACGAGUUCAAACAGGUGCAGUUAAUACAGGUAAUGAGUGGAGAACAGGAGGGCUUCUUAAAGAAAAACUAACAGGUCUGUGAGAGCCGGAAUUCUUACUGGUUGGUAGGUGAUCAAAUACUUAUGUCAUGCAAUAAAAUGCAAAUGAAUUACUUAAAAAUCAUACAAUGUGAUUUUUUGGAUUUUUGUUUUAUAUUCCGUCUCUCACAGUUGAAGUGUACCUAUGAUAAAAAUAACAGACCUCUACAUGCUUUGUAAGUAGGAAAACCUGCAGAAUCAGCAGUGUAUCAAAUACUUAUUCUCCCCACUGUACGUAUAUCACGCUGCGCCUUGGUCUGACCCGUCAUUCAACGAACGUGACAUCUCCUUCCUGUGCUUACAGAACAACAGAGAAAACAUGGCUUACGGUAUUUGAAGUUGAGAGUCACGGCCUGACGUUGUCAACGGCGGAUUAAGUGCCUCAACAUUUUUUUAUUUUUUUCACCUUGUUAGCGGUGAAACUGACGACCUCACGGUUACUGAUCCAAACGCUCUAACCGCUAGGCUACCUGAGCAUCACCGUACAGUACAGCAGACAAAUGUUCUGGGUAAAUGUGUCAACACCACACGGUCUGUCUGAGAAAGUGGUGGAUGUCUGCGUAGUCCGAAUAGAUUUAACUACCUCACAUGCUCUAUGCCUAAUGAAUACAAUCUGAAAGGGUAAUCCUGUCACGCCCUGACUCAGGGGACUCGUAUAUGUUGAGUCAGGGUGUGAUUUUUCCUUGUUGUGUUUGUUCAUUGUUGUAGAAUCUAGUAUGUCUAGAUCUAUGUUGGCCGGUGUGGUUCCCGAUCAGAGGCAGCUGUCGCUCGUUGUCUCUGAUUGGGGACCAUACUUAGGCAGCCUAUUGGCACUAGUGGGUUGUGGGAUCUUGUUCCGUGUGAGGUAUGUUGUUUGUGUCUACCUUGGACUUCACGUUUCGUUUCGUUUGUUGUUUUGUCGCUUGUUUAUUCGUUCCAAAUAAACAUGUACGCGUAUCACGCUGCGCCUUGGUCUGACCCGUCUGUAAGCGAACGUGACAAAUCCAUCUGCAUAUUUAUUAUGCAUGCACAUGCAGUACACUGAUGUCGGUGUUUAAAUCUUCCGGGAGACUAGCUGAGAUGAGAAUGUCAUCGUGGAUCAGUUAGGAUUUAUUCACCACUCCUUAGAGAAUGAUCUGACCUCUCUAUGGUCCUAUGACAGGGUCAUCUAUGGGUCAUAUAUGGAGGAUUCAUUAUGACGAGAGAAAAUCCACGGUUUAAGAUUAGCAAAAACAGCUGUUGAAGACGGGUUUUUCUCGACAUAGGACAUUUAUACUGUAGCAUUCAUUCUGUUUUUAAAACAGCAUUUUAAUUCUAAUUAAUUAUUUAACAGGAGCGUGCAAUAAGAAAUCGCUUUGUGGAAAGUUGAUUUAGAAAAAAAGCACAACCAAUGAGGAAGGAGACAAUAAUAUCUGAUUUGAAUAUGCGGCUGAAGCUUCUACGAUUCAAUUCUAGCUCCAUAAUUGAAUAAACGUGAACAUCAACAUCCUGUUGGAGCACACGACACCGAGAGCCUACUGUACGGACAAUAUAUAAUUUAUCAUCUAAUCAUUUAUACAUGUCUUUUCUGGGGGGAAACUUCAAGCACAGAGCGUGUGUGUUAACUGAUGUGUUGGUUCAGCAAUCCCUGUUCCUGUCUAGUUACCAGAGAAACAACACAUAUAUACGCAGCAGCAGCAGAUCAUCUGUGCACCAACUAGAAUAAUCAAAGAUCUUCAGAGAAGAAGAAGAUGCAUUCGUACAAAUGAAACUGACAAGAAACACAGCAAUUCUGUUUUUUCUAACUCCGUAAACAUUGUUAUUACUUAUCUCUCAAAACAUACGGCCGCUGCUCUCAUUUUCGCUAUCUAUCUUUAAACCUAACAUGCUCUGACAUAUGGGCCGCUGCACCAUCAAUAUUUAAAACGGUGUCCACCCACCAACCGCCAGUCGGUUGCCAUGGUUUCAAUAUUGAACAUCUGUCUGUUGAUAUACCAAUCAAUUACUCUGCCUGUUUUUACAGGUUCCUCUCCCUGUAGAUAUACCCUCUCUCUCUCUCUCUGUCUCUCUCUCUCUCUUUCUCUGUCUCUCUCUCUCUCUCUCUCUCUCUGUCUCUCUCUGUCUCUGUCUCUCUCUCUUUCACUGUCUCUAUCUCUAUCUCUCUCUGUCUCUUCUCUGUCUCUUCCUCCCUCUCUCUCCUCUCUUCUCUCCCCUCAUCUCUCUUCCUCCCUUCUCUCUCUCUCUCUCUCUCUCUCUCUCUCUCUCUGCUGCACCCUCCUCCCCUUUACUCUGCUCUGCGUCUCACUCAUCCAUCUCCCGAUCUCUCUGUCUCUCUCUCUCUCUUUCUCUGUCUCUUCUCCUCUCCUCCCUCCCUCCCUACAGCCUGCUCUCCUCUCUCUCUCUCUCGCUCUCCUGUCUCUCUCUGUCUCUGUCUCUCCUCUCUACCUCUUCUCUUCUCGCGUUUCACACUGUCUCUAUCUCUAUCCUCUCUGUUUCUGUCUCUGUCUCUCUCUCUCUCUCUGUCUCAUGCUCACCUCUCGCGUCCCAUGUCUCCUUUCUCUCUCUCUCUCGGUCUCGGCUGUCUCCUCUCCUGUCUCCUGUCUCGCUGUCUGAUCCUCUCUUCGCUCUCCGGUCUCCUCUCUGUCUCUUUUCUCGCUCCGUCUCUCUCCUCCUCUGGUCUUCUCUCUCUCUGUCAGUCUCUCUCUCUCUCUGUCAUCCUCUCAUCCCUUCAAUCUCUUUGCCUCUCUGUCCUUCCACUGUUCACCUCUUACCCUCUUCUCCUCGCCGUCAAAUCUCGUCGUCUGUCUGCUCUCUCUCAACCUCUGGAGGCCACUCUCUCUCUCUCUCUCCUCAGGUCCGCAUCAUCCUCGAGUCUCAGACUCGCACGGUCAAUCUCUGUUCGGUCGCGCGAAGCUCCUGUCCUGCAGUGUGGUCUACCACGACUGUCUCUCUACCGGUGCCGGGGUCUCUCUGGGCCGCGACAUGCUCCACGAAAAGCGGGGGAGGUACACGCGGGAGUAUAGGAGCUAG